GACCUCAUCCCUCUAAUAAUCAAAUCCUGGCAAUCAAUUUUCCAGCAAAGUCGAUCGACCCCUCUCCGGCUCUCCCCACCCGGCGACCCCGAUGGCGCCGCCGCCAACCUCCCACCCAGGAGCACCGCCGCAGCCGCCGUUCCUCCAAGUCCCGGACGAGCUCCUCCAGGACAUCUUCCUCCGUCUCCCCACGGCCGCCGACCUCGCCCGCGCCUCCUCGGCCUGCGCCGCCUUCCGCCGCGUCAUCGCCGACCACAAGUUCCUCCGCUGCUACCGCGACCUCCACCCACCGCCUCUCGUCGGCUUCAUAGGCAGGUCCUUCAUACCAGCGCAGCCGCCGCACCCCUCCGCCGCCGCCGCCAGGGCCUUCGCCGGCAUCGACUUCUCCUGCUCCUCCUUCCUCCCCUCCACUGCCGGCCGUCGCUGGCGUCAAGCUGACUUCUUCCAAGGACGCGCCCUCCUCGCCAGCCUCCCGGUCGAAGAAAAAGGCGGCAGGAAGAUCCUCGUGGGCCCUCAGGUGUUGGACUCCGAUUACCGCGAGUUUUUGGUCAGGGACCUCGCUGUCUGCGACCCUGUGCACCGCCGCUACGUGCUGCUGCCUGCCGUCCCCGCCGACCUAGCCGCGCUCAUCCGUAAACCGGACCUCCUGGACAUGGAGACUUUCCUUGCUCCCGGGGAGGAUGACGAGGAUCCCUUAUCAUUUAGAGUGAUGUGCUUGGCGCAAUGCAGAAUGAAUCUGGUCCUCCUCGCCUUCUCCUCCUCUUUGGGUGGACACUGGCGUGCUCUUACGUUUGACAGAUUGAGUACUCAGGCAGUGGCUUCACUUGUACGAUAUGAGCCUGGGCUCUCGGAUCGUCAAUACGUCCAUGGAUGCUUUUGUUGGCAAUUGCGUUUCCCCAACAAGUUGCUUGUGCUUGAUGUGCGUGUGAUGGAGUUCUCUCUUGUUGACUUCACACCUGAACAACGAAAUAGCCGUUUUGUCAUUGUUGAGGCAGCAGAAGGAAUGCUUGGGAUGCUCAGUAUAUGCAAUCGUGUUGACAGUGAAGAUGGCGAAUAUUGGCUCCCGUAUUCCGUUCUAAGAAAUAACCGAUGGCAGUCAGAGAAGGUCAUCCCAUUGCCGAUAAGGCGUUGGUAUCUGAUGGGUGUAGCUGGAGGAUACCUGCUUUUACAAACGACGUACACCACAUCUUCACAAGAGCAGUUAAAUAUUGGAUAUUUUUCGGUGGAAAUCAAGACGUUGCAGGUCGAGUUGUUCGCUGGGCUUAGCAGACCCAUCUUUCAUGGUCGACUAUAUGCUGGCUUCCCACCAUCAUUGUGUGCCCCAACUAUAUGAUGUGAUGAUGAUGCCAUGUCAAAAAGAGUUGAUAUUGCUGAGCGCAUUGUGGCCUUGGAAGAGAAAAUGGUGCACGGAUUGGAUGUAUUCCCUUGCUAUCCAAUCAGAGACGAUGGACGUGCCUCUAGCUACUUCAUAGUAGUUGAUAAAUCUGCUUGUUUCAGUUAGCUAAGAUAUGAUGUGUGUGUGCUGUGCUAUCCUCGCAUACAAGUUUUCUUCUCCCAGUUACAACAUUUGAAGUGUAUUCCAAUUUCUGAACUUUUAGGUACUUGCCGUUUACAAACCAUUGAAACUCUGAAUAUUUUUGUUACUUCAAUGUCAAUGUCUAAAAGAAACAAUGUAUGCAUUACUGAAUGAAACGAUUUGGUUUGGUUACCAAA